UCAUGCUGCUGCCAGGUCCAGAGUCUCUCAUGGGUCCCUGUUACGGCCUCCCCCAUUGCUGCUGUCUCCAUCGCCACACUCUGCAUGUGCCACUUUCAGGUCUCCUCACACAUGCUGGUGUGUUCCAUUUUUGUCAUAGGGUGCUGGCAGAUUACGGGCUCACAUAGCUGCUGCCAGGGCCCCCUAAUCUGCCAAUGGGCCCCUAUACCGCCUCCUCAUGCUGCUGCCAAGUCCAGAGUCUCUCAUGGGGUCCUGUACGGCCUCCCAUUGCUGCUGGUCUCCAUCGCCACACUCUGCCAUGUGCCACUUUCAGGUCUCCUCACACUGCUGGUGUAUUCCAUUUUU